UUGUUGUUUGCUAAUGUUGCUCUUCUUUGUUUGAGUUUUUGGGCUUCGCCAGACAUGAAUCAGCGCCCGGGCAAACGUAUAAGUGACACUUUUGGGAAGUGCGAAGCGGCACCUUCGAAGUCUUUAGGCUUCACUAGGCGUGAAUCAGUACCAGGCAAACAUAUAAAUGCAAAAGUAGCACGUUCAAAGGUUUCGCUUGACAUGAAUCAGUCUUUAGGCUUUGUUGGACAUGAAUCAGCACCGGACAAAUGUAUAAUACUAGGAAAAGUGGCACCUUUGGGAAGCUUUGCUGGAUGCGAAUCAGCACCGGGCAAAUGUAUAAAUGCGAAGUGGCAUCUUCGAAGGUUUUUAGGCUUUGUUGAGUGUGAAUCAGCAUCAGGAAACUUCGUUGAACGUGAAUCAGCACCAGGAAAAGUGGCACAUUCAGGAAGCUUUGUUGGACAUGAAUCAACGUUGGUUGAGACGUACAAGUACAGAAGUAGACCUUUGAAG